AUUCACUGAUUGGGUAUCUCUUUUAUCUUAUCCCAUAUCCUUCGAUUCUUAUCAAAUUUCUUAUCAGAAAUUUUUGAUGAAUGACAGAAACGCAAUUAUGAAACUUCUCGCGAUUUUUUGUGCCUCUUUUACGUAUUUUAUUUCUGUAAUUUCUCAAACUACUAUAACUCCAAACACAAACAAUGAUACAGUUUUAAAUCCCGAUGCGUCUUAUUGUUUUGAAUUUACAUGGAUUGGGCCUGGUUACGACGAGAAUUACAUGUAUAAUGGUACUUGUACCGACUAUUUAGAUGAAACUAGGGCUAAACAUGUACCUUGCAGUCCUCCUAUUGUAGUUUCAGACGAUGGGACUUUCCCCGACAUUGAUUGGAUGUUUGAAAAUAAAAAAACUAGUGUUUUGUGUCGCCGAACUGCUAACCAGGUGUGUGCAACUUACACGUAUAAGUAUGACGGUGUAGUAAAUAAUGCAACUUACAUGUGUACAAAGGUACAACAAAUAGGAGGAAGUGCAAUAACUUCCGGUUGUUAUACUCAGACUAUCGCAGGCUAUGAAGUAGAACUAUGCGUUUGUAAAUCAAAUCCGGGCCUUUGGAAGCCAUGUAAUGGCAAUUUUUAGUUGACUUCUAGUUCUUGAAUAAAGUGAUUCGUUUUA